UUGAAAAUGGAAGUGCUUUGCUGUACAUCUCUGCAGCUUUUGGUGGCUGCACUUGUCAGUCUGACUGGGAUCUGUAUGGGAGGGUCUGACGGCCCCCGUGGGGUGGCUCUUCCAUUCAUCUUUGACCCCAAAUCAACCUGCGAACCACCUUGUAAACACGCUGGCAUCUGUAUCCGAAACAACACCUGCUUCUGUAUGAGAGGAUAUGAGGGAGAGACAUGCCAAUAUGCAAACUGUCAUCCAAAGUGUAAAAAUGGUGGAGAGUGUCUGAGACCUGGAAAAUGCAGAUGCCCUUCAGGAUUUGGAGGAAUAUAUUGUCAUAAAGUGGUUUGUGAUGGUGGAUGUUGGAACGGUGGUGAAUGCACUGCUGUGAAUCGAGAAGCGAAAUGCAUCUGUCCUUCUAGUUGGACCGGCUCCAGAUGCCAAGAUGCGAUCUGUCCACAGGGAUGCAGGAACGGAGGCAGCUGUGUUGCCCCCGGAAUCUGCAGCUGUCCAGAAGGAUGGAUUGGUGGGGCCUGCCAUAAUGCUGUGUGUAAAAGACCCUGCAAGAAUGGGGGGAAGUGUGUGACGCCCGACACCUGUCGCUGUCGAGCUCCGUUCUCCGGCCCGCUGUGUGAGGAGAAGAAGAAACAUGUCUGAUGUCAUAACGGUCU